AUGGACGAUGACGCUGGUGCAGUCGGCGGUCGAAGUCGCAGGCGACAGUGGCCUGGUAAGAAGGAUGGCGGUGUCGUUGGACAGGCAGGAUGGACCAGCAGCGUCGUCAAUCUGGUCAACACAAUCGUCGGUGCCGGAGUCCUGGCGAUGCCGCACGCCAUAUCUCGCAUGGGAAUGCUUCUAGGAGUAACGGUUGUUCUUUGGGCCGGCCUCACUUCGGCCUUCGGGUUAUAUCUACAGACACGGUGCGCUCGGUACCUGGAGAGAGGCACGUCUUCUUUCUUCGCCCUCUCCCAGAUCACCUAUCCGAAUGCAGCGGUCAUAUUCGACGCAGCAAUUGCGAUUAAGUGUUUUGGUGUCGGUGUCAGUUAUCUCAUCAUUAUUGGCGAUUUGAUGCCCGGCGUUAUCGAAGGGUUCGUUGGCGGGACUUCUGGAGUUGAUUUCUUAUACGACCGGCAUUUUUGGGUUACUGCGUUCAUGUUGAUUGUCAUUCCUCUAUCUUUUCUGCGAAGGCUAGACUCAUUGAAAUAUACUAGUAUUGUCGCCUUGACCUCUAUCGGAUAUCUUGUCAUUCUGGUUGUCGCUCACUUCAUCAAGGGAGACACCAUGGCUGACCGUGGCCCUAUUCAUUUUAUUGAAUGGCAGGGUCUCAUAUCUGCCUUGAGUGUUUUUCCAGUCAUUGUAUUUGCAUAUACUUGCCACCAAAACAUGUUCUCAAUUCUUAAUGAGAUCGCCAACGAUAGUCAUUACAGAACGACUAGCGUGAUCGUGACGUCGAUCGGCAGCGCUGCAGCAACCUACGUUCUCGUCGGUGUAACCGGCUAUCUCUCCUUUGGCGAUACCAUCGGCGGCAACAUUGUUGGAAUGUAUGCACCAUCAUUAUCGUCAACAAUUGCCCGCGCCGCCAUCGUUAUCCUCGUUAUCUUCUCUUAUCCUCUACAGAUUCACCCAUGCAGAGCGUCCCUAGACGCAGUCUUGAAAUGGCGUCCAAAUAGCAACAAGUCCCCCGCAAACACCCCUUCGCCAAAUCGAAACCCCCUACUCCCACGAACAAGCCCACCAAACGAGGGCAUGAGCGACAUGCGCUUUGCAAUCAUAACUACUGUCAUUAUCGUGCUCAGUUACAUUGUUGCUAUGACUGUUUCAUCCCUCGAAGCCGUUCUAGCAUACGUCGGCGCAACCGGAAGCACAAGCAUCAGCUUCAUCCUUCCAGGACUGUUCUACUACAAGAUCUCUUCUCCCGAGUCAGCCGCCCAUCAACGUCUGAUGAAAGAAGACGAUGAGCUGGACGCAGAGGAACAUUCUAAUGAAGUCGAUCCUUCGGCCGAUGCAUCCCAAGGCCUUCUGGGUCAGUCCUAUGCCCGCUUUAUGUCCCGCUCUACCAGCCAAUGGCGCCGAGACCUUCUCCGCAAACUGAGUUUGGGCCUCGUAGUAUACGGUGUCGUGGUCAUGGUCGUCUGUCUGGUCACAAACACCUUCUUUUUAGCCUCAGACAUGAAGGGAUGA